AAAUUGAAUAAGACGAAAGCUACUAUUUUUGCUGAAAGAAUAGGUGUUAAAGAUUUUAACGCUUCUCAAGUCAGGAUGGAGAAGUUUGGAAAGUGUUAUGAUAUCAAAAUGAAUCAAAUUCAUGACAAGGCUGGUUUAACAGACAUAGAGUUGCUUCAGAUUGACAAGACUGCUAUCAAAGAGAAGAUAGAGGUUUAUAGUGCUUGUGACAUCUAUAAAUUUGAUGAAACAGUACUUUUCUAUGCUGCUCCACCAAGAAAAACGAUUUCUUACCAGAAAUUUUCUGGUUGGAAGGGAAAUAAGAAGUGGCUUACAGUUAACCUUUUGUGCAAUGCCAAUGGAACAGACAAGUGGUCUGAUAUAUUAAUUAUUAGUCAUGCAAGGAGACAAAACUGUUUUAACAAAAACAAUAAAAAACAAGAGGCAGUAGAUCAUAGAUUCUUUAUGUAUCAUUACAACAAUAAUGCCUGGAUGACACGAUCAAUCUUCCAUGUUUUCUUCCAUCACUUUGAUCAUUCAAUGAAAGCGCAAAACUGCAAAGUGCUUUUGAUCCUUGAUAAUUUCUCUGGCCAUAAAGUAAAUUAUGUGCCUACAAAUGUUGAGCUUCUUUUUCUGUCUCCAAACACCACAUCCCACCUUCAGCCAUUGGAUGGUGACAUCAUUUGA